GUGGCCCGGGCCUCCGGAGACAAGCCGGAGCGGGACUCAUCUCCGGUAGUCAGCGCUGUUCGCUCGCUGCCGUUCGGCUGUCUUCGCUCGAGUUCACUCUGCCUCUGCCGCCGCCGCCGCCGCCGCCGCCAUGGCCCAAGCUGAUAUUGCACUGAUUGGACUGGCUGUCAUGGGCCAGAACUUAAUUUUGAACAUGAACGACCACGGCUUUGUGGUCUGUGCUUUUAAUAGGACAGUCUCCAAAGUUGAUGAUUUCUUGGCCAAUGAGGCAAAGGGAACCAAGGUGAUUGGUGCUCACUCCCUGGAGGAGAUGGUCUCCAAGCUGAAGAAGCCUCGGCGGAUCAUACUACUGGUGAAGGCUGGCCAAGCGGUUGAUGAUUUCAUUGAAAAACUGAUGCCAUUGCUGGACACGGGUGACAUCAUCAUCGAUGGAGGAAACUCUGAAUACCGGGAUACCACGAGACGGUGUCGAGAUCUCAAGGCCAAGGGAAUCUUAUUUGUGGGGAGCGGUGUUAGUGGUGGAGAGGAAGGGGCCCGGUAUGGCCCAUCACUCAUGCCAGGAGGGAACAAAGAAGCUUGGCCCCACCUCAAGACAAUCUUCCAAAGCAUCGCCGCCAAGGUGGGCACUGGAGAGCCCUGCUGUGACUGGGUGGGAGACGAGGGGGCGGGGCACUUUGUCAAGAUGGUGCACAACGGGAUAGAGUACGGUGACAUGCAGCUGAUCUGUGAGGCUUACCACCUGAUGAAGGACGUCCUGGGCAUGGAGCACAAGGAGAUGGCACAGGCUUUUGAGGAAUGGAAUAAGACCGAGCUGGACUCGUUCCUGAUCGAAAUCACAGCCAAUAUUCUCAAGUUCCAAGACACUGAUGGCAAACACCUGCUGCCAAAGAUCAGGGACAGCGCGGGACAGAAGGGCACUGGGAAGUGGACCGCCAUCUCCGCCCUGGAGUACGGUGUCCCUGUCACCCUCAUUGGAGAAGCGGUCUUUGCUCGAUGCUUAUCAUCUCUGAAGGACGAGAGGAUUCAAGCGAGCAAAAAGCUGAAGGGGCCUCAGAAGACCCAGUUUGAAGGUGACAAGAAAUCAUUCCUGGAGGACAUUCGAAAGGCCCUCUAUGCUUCCAAGAUCAUCUCUUAUGCUCAGGGCUUUAUGCUGCUAAGACAGGCAGCCACUGAAUUUGGCUGGACCCUCAACUAUGGUGGCAUUGCCCUGAUGUGGAGAGGGGGCUGCAUCAUCAGGAGUGUAUUCCUGGGAAAGAUAAAAGAUGCAUUUGAUCGGAACCCAGGACUUCAGAAUCUGCUACUAGAUGACUUCUUUAAGUCAGCUGUCGAAAACUGCCAGGACUCCUGGCGGCGAACAGUCUGUACUGGGGUCCAGACAGGCAUCCCCAUGCCCUGCUUCACCACUGCUCUCUCCUUCUACGACGGCUACAGGCACGAGAUGCUGCCGGCCAACCUCAUCCAGGCUCAGCGGGAUUACUUUGGGGCUCACACCUACGAACUGUUGGCCAAGCCGGGGCAGUUUAUCCACACUAACUGGACAGGCCAUGGCGGCAGUGUGUCAUCAUCUUCAUACAAUGCCUAACCAGACUCCAUCACCCCCACGACCCCGACCCAGACAUUCCACGUGCCACGCAGCACUGCCUACAUGGCCCUUCGCCCUACUUUCUGCUUAGAUCUUUUAAAAUAAAGUGUCGUAAGAGACUCCUGUGAAAAGUCAA